AGUUGACCCCCCCAAAAAACCAUCCAUCUGCUAUCGUCUAGCGCUCAGAAGUGACAUUAAACUGCAUUAAAAAUGCCGUGUGGCAAAAACUUUCGGCGGAGAAGGGACUCGUCAGAUGCGGAGGAGGAUGAAACAACUGAGGAAGUCAGAUCGAAAUUAGAAGAAGCUAAAGAGCUUCAAAGUCUGCGGAGACGACAGACCGGAGUCAGUAUUACCGCCUUGUUGGUCGGGGAGAAACUGCCACCAGAGGCUGAAAUUGAUAAUGACCCUUUUAAACUGAAGACUGGAGGGGUUGUAGACAUGAAGAAAGUCAAAGACAGGAAUAGGGACAUGACAGAAGAGGAGACGGAUCUGAACCUGGGCACCUCCUUUUCUGCUGAAACUAACAGAAGAGACGAGGAUGCGGACAUGAUGAAAUAUAUUGAGACAGAGCUGAAAAAGAAGAAGGGGCUGGUGGAGGCCGAGGAACAGAAAGUUAAGGUGAAGAAUGCAGAGGACCACCUGUACGAGCUGCCCGAGAGCAUCCGAGUCAAUUCCGCCAAGAAGACAGAGGAGAUGUUGUCCAAUCAGAUGCUGAGCGGGAUCCCUGAAGUCGAUCUUGGCAUUGACGCAAAGAUAAAGAACAUAAUCCAAACAGAAGAUGCAAAAGCAAAGCUUCUGGCAGAACAAAGGAACAAGAAAAAAGACCACGGCACAUCUUUUGUACCCACCAACAUUGCUGUCAACUACGUCCAACACAAUCGCUUCUAUCACGAGGAUGUGAACGCACCACAGAGGCACCACAGACACAGAGAAGAGCCCAAGGCAAGGCCGCUGCGUGUGGGAGACACAGAGAAACCAGGUCCAGAGGCUUCGUCACCACCCAACUACCGUAAACGUCCAAACAACGAAAAGGCCACAGAUGACUACCAUUAUGAGAAGUUCAAGAAGAUGAAUCGACGAUACUGAGGAACUUGGGGAUGUUUUUUUUUCUUCUAAAGAACAGGAUUACACCCCAUGAUUUUUUUUAAGAUUGCCAGAAAGCCAUGAAGACUUGCAGAGUGGUUCUCUUGAAAGACCUUUAGUCAGAGGACUCCCAAGACAGACUGAAGUACUUUGUAAAUAUUGUGAAAAGCUCCUUGGGGUUAUCUGUAUACAGUACACUUGCUUUGUGAUGUCUUACGUUAGAGAAAUUCCCAUUAUUGAGAAAAUCACGUGAUUUUCUUUUAACCAAGGAAUCAGUCAAGGAAUACAUAAAAGAAAUUUUGAAUUGAUUGGUAAUCCAGAUUUGAAUUGUGAGAGUUUUGCUUUUAUACUGUAGAAUUGUGUUUUUGACUUUCAGAAGAUUAAAAAAAAAAAAAAAACC